UCAACUGGUGUACGUGGGUCUGUCUAGAGUGACUUCUAUCGAUGGACUGUACCUGACGAACUCCAGUAAUGAGUUUAGGUUCCACCACGGGAAAUGCUCCACAACGCCGAGCAUCCAGGACCUCCGAACCGAACUGCAGCGGUUGAACAACCACCACUUGCGCACCAUCGGAGAUGACGUCAUGGAAGCCAUACUAUCGAACAGAUCCGCUUGCACGAUGAUGAGCAUAAAUGUGCAAAGUCUGAAUGCACAUGCAUCUGACAUUGCAACGGAUCAUGUUCUGAACGCCGUUGACUUACUCGCGUUAAGCGAAACUUGGAUGGAUGAUGGCACUAGCGUAGCUAUUGCUGGCUAUGACUGCAUCGUCCAACAGAAGCGCCACGCGACCAGAGCUGGAGGGGUAGCCAUCUACCAGAAAAUUGGUGCAUCGGAAAUAGCGGUAGCCCACGAUAUUCAGCAACUCAGUGCCAGCCGGGAUGCACUGGUGGGCGCGGCGGAUCAGUAUGGCGACAUCUGUGCAGUAGAAACGUCGAUCAUGGGGACUCGUGCGUUGCUGUUUGCGUUGUAUCUAUCACCAGAUACAACGUUAAAGCAGAAGAAGUGUUUCUUCGCGCGAAACCUACUAUCCUACCACUACUUUCGUUCGCCGAUGCCCAUAGUUGUUACUGGAGACUUCAACAUCGAUGUUUCGAAAUCAGAAAACAACGAGCUCAUUGCCUUCAUGUCGCAAUACCUCCAACUAGAAUUGGCCACAGAUCGAGCCCAGGCGACUACCCUUGGUGGGACAUGUCUCGAUUUGACCUUCCACCGGAACAUUCAGGUUGAAUGUACGAGGUACAUUUCGUACUUUUCGUACCACCGGCCCAUGUUGUCGGUGCUUUCGAUGCCUGACGACUGUGUGAAGAAGAACGAUGCAUCAUCGAGCACAACCCGUUCCGUUCCAAAAUCGUCCUCAUCACAACCUCCAAAACAACCAUCUACCCUCUCGACAUCUCGAGUGGAUUUCCCGGUUCAUCAUACCACCUAG